AUGAGUAGAGCCACAAGGGGUGUCGACACUACGCUCCCGCACAUUGAUAAAGUCGAAUACAUUGCCACUGAGAAGGUUGCGAUUUUCUGGGGACAGCAAAGAAGUAGGAUUAUUUCCCCUAAGUCAUCUUUCAACCAUAAUUAUGUGAGUAAAGUGAGGGCAUCGAAUUGGAAGGCUGAGUAG